UGAGGAGCUGCUCUGGAAAUCACAGCCCGGCUCUGUAAGGAGAUCCGUCUCACAUACCGGUAUAUCUCAGGAUCAUUAUCCGUCCCACAGACCGGUAUAUCUCAGCAUCAUUAUCCGUUCACACACCGGUAUAUCUCAGCAUUGUUAUCCGUUCACACACCGGUAUAUCUCAGCAUUAUUAUCCGUUCGCAGACUGGUAUAUUUUAGGAUUUUUUUUUUAUUCAUCAGUCCCAGACACCGGUACAUUUCAGGAUUAUUAUCAGCUCACAGAAACCGGUAUAUUUGAACAUUACUAGUGAUCCUAAACCAGGAAGAGAAGAUCGCCCCGCUGAGGUCUCCUCCGAGCGCACGGUGCGGGUAUCCCCUUCCUGCCUAUCCCGGCCCGCUCGGUAAGUGAUGGAGAAGCAGUCGGAGAGCUCGUCGUGUACCGUCUUACUGGACUCCAGUCAGGAUCAGGAUUCUCGGACCAAGAGCCGAUCGGGGAAACACAAGCUAUCAGUAUGCAGUAAGAUAUGCUAUGCCGUUGGAGGGGCUCCCUACCAGAUCACCGGCACUGCACUGGGAUUCUUUCUUCAGAUCUUCCUGCUUGAUGUGGUGCAGAUGGGUCCUUCUCGUGCAUCCAUCAUCUUAUUUUCAGGCAGGGUUUGGGAUGCCAUCACGGAUCCACUAGUGGGGUUCUUUGUCAGUAAAACCUCCUGGACCAGAUUGGGCCGUCUUAUGCCUUGGAUUAUUUUCUCCACUCCUUUGGCUGUGAUUUCAUACCUCCUCAUCUGGUUUGUUCCUGGAUUCUCUAGUGGCCAGGUCAUAUGGUACUUGGUGUUCUACUGUCUUUUUCAGACACUCGUUACGUGUUUCCACGUUCCAUAUUCCGCUCUCACUAUGUUCAUCAGCAAAGAGCAGAGCGACCGGGAUUCUGCCACAGGAUAUCGCAUGACUGUGGAGGUCUUGGGCACUGUCUUGGCUACAGCUAUCCAAGGGCAGAUUGUGGGUGGAGCGAAUACAUCGUGCGUGUCUGACCCCCUCCAGAGUCCAUUUCCGAACUCAUCCAUAUCAGUUGAAGAUAACACCAUGUAUGAUGAUCAGUCUCUAAAGGGCACAAGGGAUGCCUAUAUGAUUGCUGCGGGAGUGAUCUGUGGAAUUUAUGUGCUCUGCGCCAUUAUAUUGUCCCUGGGUGUUCGGGAGAAAAGAGAUUCCAAUGAACUUCUCUCUGACGAGCCGGUUUCCUUCUUUUGCGGACUCAAACUGGUUAUGAGCCAUGGACCCUAUGUUAAACUCAUCACUGCUUUCCUCUUCACCUCAAUGGCCUUUAUGAUGGUGGAAGGGAACUUUGCACUGUUCUUGAAACAUGCGCUGAAAUUCCACGACGAUUUCCAGAAUAUCUUGCUGGUAGUAAUGCUUUCUGCCACCCUAGCUGUCCCAUUCUGGCAGUGGUUCUUGACCAGAUUCGGAAAGAAAACUGCUGUCUAUUUUGGGAUCUCUUCUGCUAUUCCUUUUUUGCUACUGGCUGUGUUAAUGAACAGUAAUCUCAUACUUGCCUAUGUUGUGGCUGUGGGAGCAGGACUAAGUGUGGCUUCUGCCUUCCUUUUGCCUUGGUCUAUGCUUCCUGAUGUUAUUGAUGAUUUUCUUCUGAAGAACCCAGAUUCCAAAGGACAUGAGCCUAUUUUCUUUUCCUUUUAUGUAUUCUUCACCAAAUUUGCCUCCGGAAUCUCACUUGGGAUUUCCACGCUUAGCCUGGAUUUUGCAGGCUAUAAGACCGGUCUUUGCCCGCAGCCAGAACAAGUGACUGUGACCCUGAAGCUGUUGGUCUGUGCGGUUCCCUUUUUCCUGAUAUUGGUCGGGCUUUUCCUCUUCAAACUAUAUCCUAUUGAUGAGGAGAAAAGAAGAGAAAACAAGAAGGCACUCCGAGAAACUGACAGAGACUCAAGUUCUGACUCUUUGGAAUUAGCGAGCAACGUAUGACACUGGAUAAGCGCUUUUCCAAGGUUUACACGCGGACACUGUAGAAAGAGUCUGAUUACUCUACAGUGGGAGCAAGUAUCAGCCGUGGCGUCUCUGCACUAUUCCUCCUAUGGCAUACCGUGCCUCCUGGUGCUAUCUGUGCUUGCCACAAACUGAAUGCUACAGUCCUGCUGAAUGUUCAACUAACAAAGUAGUAAUGCAACUGUAAAUUUAAGUGUUUUUUUGUAUAUAUGGAUCUCUUCUCAUAUUUAUGAGGAGUUUAGAAAAACACAGCGUGUAGUUACUUUAGCUCAUUCAUUUUUUUGGAUGAAACUGGAGUUUUUCUGUGUGUCAAACGGUUUAUAACCAAAACUGUUUUACAGCGUUUAUGUAUGUAAAUAUAUAAUUAAUGUGCAUAAGUUUAAAUUAAAAGUUACUGUGUUUGUGGGUGUCAUGAAUAUUAACGUUCAUAGACGCAUAAACACAUACAUGUAUUAUUAAAUGGUAUAUGCUUUUGGCCUUUACAUAAGCACUAAAACAAAAAACAUUUUUCCAUGGCAAGUUAAAUAACAAAAAAAAAAAUCAGACAAUAAAUGCUUAAAUUACAAAAA